CUUCCAUCUCGACCUUUGUUAACCUAAUGUCGCCAAUUCUAUUUUCUUCAUCACCCUUCUAAAUUCAUGCUUAUAAGUUUAGCAACGAAACUAAACUUAAUUACAAGGCCUAAGAUUAUCCCGUUUACAUCAAAGGCCCUUUCUACAUGCACCCUCUCAUAUAUCUUGAAAAUGCCGCCGAAAAAAUCACCUGCUAUUAACGGUAAACGCAAAGGCCCACCUUCAGCAGAAUCAGCUCAUAGUAACGAAUCUCACAAAAAGCCAAAAGUCAACGAUGACUCCAUAAAUCCUCUCUCAGCAUCCCAUCCCAAAGCACAAGAAGCGGAAAGAAAUGGCAUCACACUUCGAGCAUUUUAUGGGCCCGAGAUGUCCAAUACGCAUGCUCUCGCGUACAAGAAUGGCCAAAUUGCUAGACCAAUCGAAGUUCUAAAUUCUGCACUUUUCGAAACCAAGCCGAAGCGGGAGCAGAUCGAAGUUAGCAACGCAGUGGUCCAUUGGUUCAGGUGUGAUUUGCGGAUGCGAGAUAACAGGUCUCUCUAUGCUGCGAGUAAGAAGGCGAGGGAGAACGGCGUUCCCUUAAUCACCAUGUACAUCGUUAGUCAGCAGGAUUUCGAGGCACAUCUGGUGUCGCCUGCUAGAGUGGAUUUCAUAUUGCGGACGCUAAGGGUCUUAAGGGAAGAUCUAGCAAAGCUUGAUAUUCCACUUUAUGUAGAGACUCUAGAGAAGAGAAAGAAGAUUCCCGGGAGGAUAUUGGAGCUUGUAAAGGAAUGGGGAUCAGAUCAUUUAUUUACUAAUGCGGAGUAUGAAGUCGAUGAAUUGAGAAGAGAUGCAAGCCUAGUCAGAGAAUGUCUAGAGAUCGGGGUUGCAAUGGACGUUCUGUCGGAUACCUGUGUUGUGAAGCCUGGGGACCUAGUGAGUAAGUCCGGAACACAGUAUUCUGUGUACACUCCAUGGUAUCGUGCUUGGGUUGCAUAUAUCCAUGAGAAUCCUCUGUUGCUCGAUCUUUCUGAAGCACCUAACAAGAAUCUCAAUGGCGCAAGGCAAAAAUACCUCAAGCUAUUCGAGAGCACCAUACCCAACGAAGUCGAGCAUAAAAAGCUAAGUGACGAAGAAACAGAGAGGUUUUGCUCUAUGUGGCCAGCAGGAGAGCAUGACGCACACAGGCGCCUUAUAAAAUUUAUAGACGAACGAAUUGGAGGGUACAAAGCACACAGGAACAAUCUUUCAGAACAAUCAACUUCGUCGCUUAGCGUCCACUUGGCUAGCGGCACCCUGAGUGCGAGAACAGCAGUUAGAAUGGCGCGAGAUCACAACCGUAUCAAGAGGCUAGAUGGUGGGGUUGAAGGUAUUCUGACCUGGAUCAGCGAGAUUGCAUGGCGAGACUUCUACAAGCAUGUCUUAGCCCACUGGCCAUAUAUCUGUAUGAAUAAGCCAUUUAAACUGGAGUACACUAACAUAGAAUGGGAAUACAAUCAAGAUCAAUUUGAAGCCUGGUCCAAAGGUCGGACAGGAUACCCAGUAGUUGACGCAGCAAUGCGCCAACUGAACAGCUGUGGUUGGAUGCACAAUCGCGGCCGGAUGAUCGCGGCAUCCUUCCUAGCAAAGCAUCUCCUUCUCGACUGGCGCAUAGGUGAGAGGUAUUUCAUGGAGCACUUAAUCGAUGGAGAUUUUGCCUCGAACAACGGGGGCUGGGGAUUUAGUGCCUCGACAGGAGUUGAUCCUCAGCCAUAUUUUAGAAUCUUCAACCCCCUCUUGCAGAGCGAAAAAUUCGACCCCGAAGGAGAAUAUAUCAAGAGAUGGGUUCCCGAGCUAAGGGGUAUCGCGGGCAAGGCAAUUCAUGAUCCGUAUGAUAGGGGAAAGGGAGCUGAGGCGAAAAAGUGCGGGUACCCGGAGCGGAUAGUGGAUCACAAGGAGAGUAGGGACCGGUGUUUAGCUAGGUAUAAAGAGGGCUUGGGACGAAAGAGCUACUCCUAAAUACUCCAGAGUGCUCCUUUAAGAAAAUGAUGUUUCAUUGUUGCCCUUGCGCCUGAUUUGCUAAGGGUCUGCUUUUAUGACGAAGCCGUUGCGUCAUCCACCUCCCUCCUCUAAAAAAGUGUCACAUUCCGCAAUUCACCUCCUACAAAACCCCCUCACACCUUCCCUUCAAAGGAACUCCCCC